AUGGGCGUCCGGAACCCACCCAGACUCCUGGACCUGGCGGGCAAGAGCCUGCUGAGGGACGAAGCCUCGGCCAUCACGGCUCUGGAGUACCUGCCCGCAGAGCUCUUCCCGCUGCUGUUCCUCGAGGCCUUCUUUGGGAGACACCAAGAGCCCCUGAAGGCCAUGGUGUGCGGCUGGCCCUUCGCCCGCCUCCCUCUGGGGGGCCUGAUGCAGCUGUCCCAGUUCUGGGCCCUAGAAGCCGCAUUCGACGGGCUCAAAGUCCUGCUUGCCCAGAAGGUUCGCCCCAGGAGGUGGAAGCUUCAGGUGCUGGAUCUACGGAACACUGGCCAGAACUUCUGGGGGAUGUGGUCUGGAGCCAGCGCCCCGGGGAGCUCGCCGUCGGGGCCGGUGGCUGCGGGCAGCUCCAGGGCGAAGCGGCCCUCGGCCCCCUGGAGCCACACCAUCUGGCGGGUCAUGGAGCGCGGGGGGCUGCUGCUCCUGUGCUGCAAGAGGCUGACGGUCUUCGAGGUGCCCAUCGAGAACAUUCGAGGGGUCCUGGCUCUGACGCGGCUGGACUGCGUCCAGGAGGUGGAAGUGAAGUGCACCUGGGACCUGCCCACCCUGGGCUCCUUCGCUCUUUACCUGGGUCGGAUGAGGAACGUGCAGAGGCUCUCUCUCUCCCACAUCCACAUGCCGGCCGACGGGGGCAAGGACCAGGCGCACUUUCUGCGGUUCAUCUCCCAGCUCCCCCGGCUGCGGCGCCUCCGGAGGCUCGCCCUGGAAUCCCCCUACUUCCUCCUAGGCCGCCUGCGCCUUAUGCUCAGGUGCCUGCAGACCCCCUUGGAGACCCUCUCCUUAACGAAUUGCUGGCUUACGAAAUCAGACUUGGCACACCUGUUCCGGUGCCCGAAACUCCAUCAGCUGAAGGACCUGCAUCUGAGCGGCGUCGGUCUCGUCGGUUUUAGACCCAGGCCCCUCCGAGCUCUGCUGCAGAAAGCUGCCGCCACCCUCCAGGGCCUGCACUUAGUUUCCUGUGGGAUCGAGGACUCUCAAGUCGAGGCCAUAGUGCCUGUCCUGAGCCGCUGCCACCAGCUCAGGACCUUCAACAUCUCCGGGAACCUCUUCUCUGUGGCCACCCUGGAGAAGCUGCUGCGCCACACAGCCGGGCUGCCCAGUCUAAGCCUGGAGCAGUAUCCCGCCCCCCUGGAGAGUUACAGCGCCGAGGGGGCCCUGGAGCUGGGGAGACUGGCCCGGGUCCGGCGUGAGCUGAUGGAGAUUCUGAGGGACUUAGGACAGCCCAGGAUCAUCUGGCUCAGCACCAGCCCCUGUCCACACUGUGGCAACAAGGACGUGGGGCCCGUGGCGUACCCCUGUGGAAACUCUGCUUAG